GGACAGUCUGGCCAGACUGUGGAACUGCAUUGAUUUUAUGUUCAGAGUAAGGUACAGUCUGCAAGCAGAGAAUUCAUCCCAGCUGGCUGUUUAUAUCGUAGCAGCCAAGGAAAGUGCUCACUCUGGACACUAAGUCUAUGCAAGCAAAGAUGGGAAAGGGGAUACCAGGAUUCACAGGAGACCUUGGAUUCUAAUCCACACUCUCUUUUAGAGAGAGAUCAGUCUAAAUAUAUCAACAGCGUGAGGAAAGAUGAAAAACUCCUGGACAAGUAACUGUGAGUGGGACCCUCUGAUCACAGAUUACGUUCUUGCAUAAGCCAGUCAAGAUGUUUUAAGUCCUCUGACCUCUCAACAAUGAACAACAGUUCGGAAACAAUAGUGUUUGGUAGUCAGGAAGCGCCCUCCAACACAACCUACCUCAUGGAACAGAAAAUAUCAGUAUUUUUUUCAAUUGUGUUUAUGACAGUUGGGAUAAUCUCAAACGGCGUGGCUUUUAUCAUUCUUAUGAAAGCCUACCAAAGAUUUCGGAAGAAGUCAAAAGCUUCAUUUCUGCUGUUUGCCAGUGGUUUGGUGGUCACCGACCUCUUUGGUCAUCUCAUUAAUGGAACCAUUGCUGUUUUUGUCUACGCAUUCAACAGAGACUGGAUGAGAUUUGAUCGCUCGAAUAUUCUUUGCAGCAUAUUUGGCAUGUGCAUGGUGUUCUUUGGACUGUGCCCGCUUCUUUUGGGUUGUGUGAUGGCAGUAGAGCGGUGUAUAGGGGUUACAAAACCAAUCUUUCACUCUACAAAAAUGACUUCAAGACAUGCAAAGAUCAUCUUGAGUUUGGUAUGGCUCUUUGCCAUUUUAGUUGCAUUAUUACCUAUAUUAACGUUGAGAGACUAUCACAUACAAGGAUCGAGAACCUGGUGCUUCUUAAAGACUGAACAGGUUGAGAACUGGAUGGAUCAAUUUAAUCUACUCUUUUUCUCUUCACUUGGGCUUCUGUCCCUUGCCAUCUCAUUUUUGUGCAAUGCAAUGACCGGGCUAACGCUACUCAGAUCCAAAAUGAAAAACCAGCAGUAUCGACAGGGACGAUCUCAUCAUAUAGAAAUGAUUGUCCAGCUCUUGGCUAUUAUGUGUGUCUGUUGUAUCUGCUGGGCUCCAUUUCUGAUAACAAUGGCUAACAUUGGAUUAAAUGGUGAUUCAUUGGAGUCUCGGAAGACCAUCCUAUUUUCUCUCCGAAUGGCCACAUGGAAUCAAAUCUUAGACCCUUGGGUUUAUAUCCUUCUGAGAAAAACUAUUCUCAAAAAACUUUUUCGGAUCACGAGGCGCUGUUGUGGUGUAGAAAUGAUUCGUAUACACACGUGGGAGUUUAGUUCUUUUAAAAACUCUUUAAAAGUGGCCACCAUCUCUGAUUCGUCUGGCUGUACAAGAACAAACACUUUAAACAACUCCAGAAAAGUUAGCACCAAUCAAAAAUCAGAGCUAACUGAAAACAAACAAUCAUUUAUUUUGAGUGAAAUCUAGUGACGUUAAUGAGGGUUGUAUCAUCCCAUAUACGAUACAAUCAAUUCUUGAAUCGAAGGCAAAGAUCCAUGAAUUACAUUUACUAAAGAGGAGUUAGUUUUGAAAGGUUCAAAUGUGAGCACUAAAUACAAGCCAAUGUAUUUUAGCAUAAUCUUUUAAAGCUCGGAUUGUGGGAAUGGAAGUUAUUAUGAGGGACUCUCAAUGAGCCUUUUGAAACGUAACAAAAGUCGCUGCUACCUCUGAGGUCUAUGUAAUUUUGCAGUCUCUUGCACAAUUCUCUGGCACACAAUCUAUUAAAAGGAACGUGGAACAAACCGUAUUGUAAAAUCA